AGAUGAGUGGACGAGGGAAAACCGGAAAGGCCAAGAGCAAGCCCAAGUCUCGCUCGUCCCGGGCCGGACUGCAGUUCCCGGUGGGCCGUGUUCACAGGCUCCUGAGAAAGGGUAACUAUGCUGAGCGGGUGGGUGCUGGAGCCCCGGUCUAUAUGGCUGCUGUGCUCGAGUAUCUGACGGCUGAAAUCCUCGAGUUGGCCGGUAACGCGGCCCGGGACAACAAGAAGACCCGCAUCAUCCCCAGACACCUGCAGCUGGCCGUCCGCAACGACGAGGAGCUCAACAAGCUGCUGGGAGGGGUGACCAUCGCUCAGGGCGGGGUGCUGCCCAAUAUCCAGGCCGUGUUGUUGCCCAAGAAAACCGGCGGGUCCACCAACCCCAAGGCCAAGCUGUUUGCUGAAAUGAGUGGACGAGGGAAAACCGGAAAGGCCAAGAGCAAGCCCAAGUCUCGCUCGUCCCGGGCCGGACUGCAGUUCCCGGUGGGCCGUGUUCACAGGCUCCUGAGAAAGGGUAACUAUGCUGAGCGGGUGGGUGCCGGAGCCCCGGUCUAUAUGGCUGCUGUACUCGAGUAUCUGACGGCUGAAAUCCUCGAGUUGGCCGGUAACGCGGCCCGGGACAACAAGAAGACCCGCAUCAUCCCCAGACACCUGCAGCUGGCCGUCCGCAACGACGAGGAGCUCAACAAGCUGCUGGGAGGGGUGACCAUCGCUCAGGGCGGGGUGCUGCCCAAUAUCCAGGCCGUGUUGUUGCCCAAGAAAACCGGCGGGUCCACCAACCCCAAGGCCAAGUAAAGACAUAAAACGACAAUUAAAAAAACCCAAAGGCUCUUUUCAGAGCCACUCAGAUUGUCUGUGGAAGGGCUGAGAACCGACUGGGGUGAGACCGGGGGAUUUCCGAUCUGGGUGUCUGGUCUAAAUCGCUUUUCCUCCCCUAAAAUAAUCUACAUUUAUCUGUGCACAGAGCAGACUCCCUCCUAUUCCCGGAUAGUUUCAUUUUACCGAAAGUUAAUAUUUUUAUCCCGCCAACGUCUCUACUUCCUGACUCAAUGCAGAGUGGCGCUUGAUUGGCAGUAAAUCGCCUAUUCUGAUUGGUAAAUGAGAAAUCCUGACAGAGACCGGCUCAUUCACCAAUGAACAGGUGUCAAGGGGAAAAGCGCCAACCGCCGAGAUCGUGACAUUUGAAAAGUCCUCCAGGAGGAAAAUAAUUUCAUAGAACAGAAAGUAAAUAAUUCAAUGUGAGUGAGUAAAAGCCGUCACGUGAUCCUGAUCCAGUUAUCGUACAGACGGUAUGAAUUAAGUUUAAUGGUGAAAGUAAAUAUAUUAUCAAAAUCUGUACACCAGAUACAAUCUUAAAGUUCAUCUUAUGGGCACCCACAAAGUAAACAAUAGAAUCUAUGAAGAACCAUACACAACAAAGGCAGACAAACAACCAACAUG